CGGUGACAUAAUCAUGUCAGGAGCAUCUGCUAUGACCUCCAGCAGUGGUACAUUGAUGACAAACUAUGCAAGAAUUGGGCAUGCUGCACAACAAGUUUUUCCAGACAUUUUACAGGAUAUUAUCGCAAUAAAAGAACCACAACAUAGACUAUAUGGCGACGUUACAAGCAAUAGGUUUCUUAACCGUAAUUUGCGAGCAGAUGAAUGGACAAUGAUCAACAAUGUUUCUGCAAAUGGUUACGUGAACUUUGAUAUACCUUUGAUUUAUAAGCUUGUCAGAAAUCUUAAUUUAGUCCCUCCCCCAAGUAAAGGAUGGGAUUUUCACAUUCCUCCAGCAGCCACUGAAAUAUUACCUGGGGAUGAUAUUGAACGUAUCAGAAGGACCAGAAAUGAGAUUCUUCAUAGAGGGAAUGCGCAAGUAUCGGAUACUAUUCUUACUGAUUAUUUUACCUCUUUCAAAGACAUUGCUACUCGAUUGGAGGCUUAUCUUGGUAAGCCUAAAGGAGAAUUUGUACAGAAGUUUCAAAACUUGGAGAACUGUUGCAUGGAUGAAGAUACUGAAAAGACAUAUUUGGAACGUCUGACUAUACUAAGAGAACGGGACAUUAAUUUGUCUAAAGCUGUGGAAAAUAUACAAAAGAAUCUUGACUCACUUAUAUAUAAAGACAGUCAUCAACUUGAAAUUGAAGAAUGGGAGGAACAAAAUAAAUUGUUUAUCAAAACAGAUGCCGUUGAUUUCGUUUUAGAAUCCUUGACUGACAAUAACCGCUGCACGGUCAUAGGUACAUCAGGAAUCGGAAAAUCUGCAACUAUUCAUCAUGUUGCACUGUUUCUACGCGACACUGAAGGUUAUCGAAUUAUCCCUAUACACAGUCCUUCCGAUAUCGUCAAGUACUUUCAAAGAAAUUGGAAGCAAAUAUUUGUAAUCGAUGAUGUAUGUGGAAAAUAUACGGUCAUCCAAACAGAAGUUGAAAAAUGGAUAAAACGCAGAGAUUCAACAAUGCGUGUGUUAAACCAAAAGGAUGUUAAAUUAAUUGCUUCAUGUCGCAUUCAAGUGUUCAAUGAAAAUCAAUUUCAAAGAUUAAAACUAUUUACUGCGAACUUUUGCAAUUUAUCAUCUGAUACCUUUUAUCUAUCAUCUAAGGUUAAACUACAAAUCGCCCGUCAAUACUUGCCUGAACUUACUGUCGAACAGAUUAAAAAAGAUUUGGACAAGUACGAGUUCCUGCCUUUAAUGUUUGCAUUAUACAAAUCAUUUUACCGGGAAAAUGAACACAUCGACGCCCUUAAGUUUUUUAAAAACCCGUUUGAUAUAUACACUGAAGAAAUAGAUCAGCUGAGGGAACUCUUCGACAAAACGAAAUUUUGCGCUUUGUUUUUCCUUGUAAUAUAUAAUGGUUGUUUAGAUGUAGCUGUCCUUAAAAAUUCUGAAAGUGACCAAGAACAACAAACGAGGGAAGAUUUCUUUGAAGAUUGUGGAAUUCCGAGAAACACUCUUCGCCAGCGUAUAAUGGAACAACUGGAAUCUCUUGUUCCUUUAUUUGUUAGAGGUAAAUACGAUCUUUCCCGUCAAGUAAUAUCAUUCUCUGGAAUUCAUGAUAAAACGUUUGACUUUCUUUGUUUCUAUUAUUGCAAUAAAUUUCAAAUAUCAUUUUUACGAUUUGCUGACAUUAAAAUGUUAUAUGAACGUACAAUGCUCAUAUCGUUAGUUUCACCGGAUGAAAAGGUAGAAGAAUUUACUCUCUUGAUAAAAGAUUUUAACGAAGACGAGUACUUUAAACGAAUAAUGGAUCAAUGGUCCAGGGGAAAGCUUACUAGUCUUUUUUACAGCAGGCAGAUGAAUUCUGAAAAAUACCGGAAUAAACUGAUGGACUAUCUAAAUAAAUUACCCGAAGAAAGACGCAAAGAACUGAUAACUAUUAAAAUCGACAAUGGAGAUUCAAUUGUUAAGUUCAACCAUAUAGAGGAUGGCUGCUCUGGGUCAUUUCCCGUCUCACCUUUGAGUUUAGCUUCUAAAAGAAAGCUUUCUGAUUUUUUAAAUUACAUAUUACAUUUCAUUAAUGACACAAAGGGAGAAGCAUUUUCUAUUCUUCUUAUGAAAGCCUGCUCUGCAGGGCUUACAGAUGUUGCCAGGAUAUUCAUACACAAGGGUUCUGAUGUUCAUUCCAGAGAUACGAAUGGAUGGACUCCUUUAAUGGCAGCAUGCGAACAUGGUCAUACCAACAUAGUAGAACUGUUACUCAAAUCUGAAGAUUGUUUAAACAGAAUAAUAACAGAAAAAGAGGUAGACGUUAAUGUAUCAAGUAAAAAUGGAGAAACCCCUCUAAUAUUGUCAUGUAAAAAUGGCAAGAGUGAUAUUAUCCGUUUAUUACUAGAUAAAGGAGCAAACGUUAAUGCAUUUAAUAUGUAUGGACACACCCCUCUAAGAUUGUCAUGUGAAAAUAACAACAGUGAUAUAGUCCGAUUAUUAAUAGGAAAAGGAGCAGAGGUUAAUCCUGUUAAGGUAACGGAUAUGUAUGGACAAACCCCUUUAAUAGUAUCAUGUGGAAAUGAUAACAGUAAUAUUGUUCGAUUAUUGGUAGAAGAAGGAGCAGACAUUAAUGUUUCUGAUGAAAGGGAACUAACCCCUCUUAUAUGGUCAUGUGUUAAUGGCAACAGUGAUAUUGUGCAAUUGCUUAUUGAAAAAGGAGCAGACGUUAAUGUAUCUGAUAUGCAUGGACAAACCGCUCUAACAUGGUCAUGUCAAAAUGACAACAUUGAUAUUGUCCGAUUGCUAAUUGAAAACGGGGCACAGGUUAAUGUUCCUGAUACAGAUGGAGAUUCUCCUCUUACAUUAGCAUGUGAAAAUGAAAAUUUUGCUAUUGUUCAAUUACUUAUAGAAAUAGGUGCAGAAUUGAAUGUUCCUUGUCAUAAUGGGGACACUCCGUUGAUGUUAGCAUGCAAAAAUAACAAUUUUAAAAUAGCUCAAUCUCUAAUCGAACACAACUUAAUAGUCAAUGCAGCUGAUGACUAUGGAAAUGGACCUCUUGUAAAUGUAGAUCUUCAAAAUCGAAUUGGACAGACUGCCCUUAUAUUGGCUUGCUUAAGUGGUUAUACAAACAUUGUCGUUCUAAUUAUAAGUAGAAACCCUAAUUUGAACGUGCGUGAUUUUGAUGGAAUGACAGCUUUGUCUCAUGCUUGCAAAAAUGGGUUUGAUAAAAUUGUCAAAGAACUAAUUUUGAACGGGGCUGACGUUUUCUUAGCGGAUAAAAAUGGGAAAACGCCAUUGAUGUAUGCGAAUGAAAACAAAGAUCGUAAAAUUGACAAUUGUCUUCGUAAACACCUAUACAAAUCCCAAAUAUUUGAUAGAAAGCGUAAAACAUCAAUAAACCAAACUUGUGUUGAUAUCAUCUAUCAACGAGCAGCAAAGAUAAUGAAAGUAGAGAGUGAUAUACAUUGAAAUCAAGGAUUUUUCAGUUUCUUAUCGAAAUGUGCAAUUAAUUUAAAACAUCUGAAAUGAAAUAUGGUACGGUAAUUUUAAGAAAUGAACAAACAACGAAUCAAUGUAAAAAAAACUAAAUGAAAUUCACGACUACAUAUGUUUGAAUCACACUUUUACACCUGUCUGUAGCUUAACCUUUAGUCCUCAAUGCUAUUCAACAUUAUUACUUUAUUUGGAUUUUUUUCACAGAGCGUCACUGAUGAGACUUUUGUAGAUGAAACACGCAUCUGGCGUUCUCAAAUUGAUACGGGUAUAUAUGAUGAGUUUAUUUAGUUUCCUGGAGCAUUGUUCGACACCGAACCAUUAAAAUAUUUAGUCAG